AUGAUACAAUCCCGUACUUUGAUUCCUUUCCGAGCCAUAAGUUGCGACACACCAUUAUUACUUAAUGGAAAAGUAAUAGCGGGUGGUCAAAGUACCCAUGGCACGACAGUGAUCUUUAGGUGUAACGAAGGCUUCAUUCUCGAAGGAAAGACAAAUUCUACGUGUGUUCAUGAAGAUCCAAACAGCGCAAAGGGAAAGUGGUCAGAGCCAACGCCUGCUUGCAAAGUCACCAAAGUAGCGGUGUAUGGGUCAACUGUAACCUAUCAUUGUAACCAAGGCUUUGUUCUUGAUGGGAAAAGAAGCUCCAAGUGUAGUCAAAACGGAACUGACAAUGUUUAUGGGAAAUGGAAUGACCAGUCGCCUGUGUGUAAAGCCAUAAAUUGCGAAACGCCUAUCUUACUGAAUGGACAAGUAACAGCGAGUGAGCUAAGUACCCAUGGCACCACAGUGAACUUUAGAUGCUAUGAAGGCUUCAUUCUCGAAGGAAAGACAAAUUCUACGUGUGUUCAUGAAGAUCCAAACAGUGCGAAGGGAAAGUGGUCAGAGCCAACGCCUGUUUGCAAAGAAAUUACCUGUGACCAACCCGUUCUACAGCAUGGUAAAGCAUCCACUGGUUCCUUACAAUAUAAUUCAACAGUAUCAUACAGCUGCGAGGAUAACUAUUCUCUUACUGGGAAGGCAACGUCCACUUGCGUCCAGGAGGAUAAGACUAGCAUCAAGGGUGUGUGGGCAGAUCCAAUACCGAUUUGCACAGAAAUUGGAUUGGAGUCACCUUCGUCGACAUUGAAUUACGUUCACGGAGACGUGGGAGGACGAACAAAUACGCGUGAUGAAUCAGUAUCAGCAAUGAACAUCGGAAUUGGUAUUGGCUGCGCGACAGUUGUUCUCGUCUUGGUAAUCAUUGGUAUUAUUUUGGCAAUCAAAAACAAAAGUCGAGAAAGCCCACCACAUGAAACACUCGAAGAAGAGCCCCCUGCCAAAUCCAAAGAAAAGGUCUUCCAGAAUCCACUUUACAAUAUAGAGGAAUGGAACGAAGGACAAAACGAAACAAGGGGCAGUUCUGACAUGAGACUUUCCGCCUAGAUUUUGUUUGAGGAAAGUACACGGCAUCAAAUUAUUCAGGAGAUUUAUAGCUGUGUUUCAGUUGGUGAUGAUCGAUUACGUCACGCCAGUUUUCGACGUUACAGGACUUGGUCCCGGUGGCAAAAAUCCUUUGUACAUUUUUAGAGACAUAAUUUAUUUCUCAGAGGAGUUAAACCCGUUCUUCUGAAGACAUGAGAAUGAGAUUUCACAGAUAGAUAAUAAAAAACAGAAUAACUGGCGAAAAAUAUCUUCAAUUUAGUGCAUUCUAGCAUUGAUAUUUUCUGGUAACGUAUACAUGGGGACGAAAAAUACAGACGAGGUACGCGACGUUGCUGAUGUUCACCACUGACUGACACUGAAGGUAUCGUGUGAAACAAAAUUGACCACAUUUCAGAAAACGUCUUGAAUUAGGCAUGUUAGGAAGUCCAUGUAGGGGAUGAACUUAUUAAUAACAGAUUUGAUGGCUUUCACGCAUCUUCUUGAAAACACAAAAAAAACAAUAGCUACUAAAAGAAUAAAGCAGAGGCGUCAAAAUAAUGAUUAUGUUUUGGUAAUUGUCUCAAUAGCAUAAAUUUAACGACCAAUCAUUUUAACUUGAUGUUUUUCGGAAGGGGACUCAAGAUGUUUUUUUUUAGAUUUGUACAUUUCAAGCAGAACACAACAUCCAAAUCUACCACUUACCAGGUGCUUUUUUCACGACAACGACGACGACGACGACGACGACGACGACAACAACAACAACAACAACAACAUUGAUUGUCAUGUUAAUUGUUCAAAUUUGAAAAUAACAAUUAAUCAAUAUUUUUUUGAUUGUUCUUGCACCUUGACCUUUUUAUAUAGUCACCCAAUUACUAUAAAUACAUUAAUUAGCUUUAUCAGAUAUUUCUAUCAUGAUAUUUUCUCUAUAUCUUUUGGCAAAUAACUUGACUGUAUUAUUGUUUUGGGCUUUUCAAGUUAUGAAAUGAGAAUGUGGACAGGCUUUGUU